GGAAAAUCUUGCCCCUCAAUCAACCCCGAAAUUUUUUUUACCACCCUCCCCUUAAAGAAUCCCUCAGAUUUUUAUAUCCCAAGCUCCCCAUCCCCCAACUUUCAAAAACUACAUCAUCGCUUCAAAACCCCAAACCGUUUGUCUCUCUCUCUCUCUCUCUCUCUCUCUCUCUCUCCCCUUUUCAUCUAUAUCCCUCCCUCAUUCACACAAACGCCGACCCAUUGUAGAAGAACAUCUCCGUAGCUCUGUUUCGACAUCGAGAUUACUCGAUCUACUGGCGGGUAUGGAGAGAUAAUGAGGAGGAAUCAACGGCCACAAUUGCCGUCGUUGAAACCGCUAUCGAUAUGUCGUUAUCAUGUUCCGAUCGCUUCACAGACUUGCUCUGCGCCGAGGAUUCGGACGAGGUGUUAUCUGGCGAGUCGCCGGCAUUUUCGUCGGAGCUGGAGUCUCCGGCGAAUUCAAUCGAGGAAUCCUCCAUCGAUGGCUUCAUCGAAGACGAAACGGACUUCGUCCCCGGAUUCGAUUACUUGGCCCGGUUUCAGUGUCGAUCUCUUGACGCGUCGGCUCGAGAGGAAUCUGUUGCAUGGAUUCUAAAGGUGCAAGCAUACUACAAUUUGCAGCCUUUGACGGCCUAUCUUUCCGUUAACUAUUUGGAUCGGUUUUUGUAUUCCCGCCGCUUGCCGGAAAAUAGUGGGUGGCCAUUGCAACUUUUGUCGAUUGCUUGCUUGUCGUUAGCGGCGAAGAUGGAGGAACCUCUUGUUCCAUCUCUUGUAGAUCUUCAGGUAGAGGGAGCGAAAUACAUUUUUGAACCAAAAACAAUUCAGAGAAUGGAGCUGCUUGUGCUGACGGUUCUGGAUUGGAGACUGCGAUCAGUAACGCCAUUCAGUUUCAUUGAUUUCUUUGCAUGCAAGCUCGACCCAACCGCUACUUUUCUGGGCUUCUUGAUUUCAAGGGCCUCGGAUAUUAUUUUAUCCAAUAUCAAAGAGGCCAGCUUUCUAGAGUAUCGGCCGUCAAGCAUUGCUGCGGCGGCGAUACUUUAUGCAGCCAACCAAAUCCCAAACUUGUCUCUUUUCAAUCCCGAACAUGCGGGGUCAUGGUGUGAUGGACUAAGCAAGGAGAAAAUCCUAAGCUGCUACAGGUUAAUGCAAGAGCUUGUGGAAGACAAUGCCAGGAGGAAACAACCAAAGGUCUUACCACAGCUUCGAGUGACGAUCCGAGGCCGAAUGAGGCCGAGUGACUCAUCUUCCUCAUCUUCUUCACCUUCAUACAAAAGAAGAAAAUUAAAUAACUGGUUCCGGCCGGUGGAUGACGACAGAAACUGCAAGUAAGAAAAGAAAAAUGGUGGCCCAAGUUGUGUAGAAACCUAAAUAUAUAUAUAUAUGAUUUUGGUGAAGGGUCAGGGUUUUGAGAGUAAAUUGACAUGCAAGAGUAUAUGCAUAUGUGCAUGUAAAGAAAAAGGCAAAAAAAGAAGAGUUUGCAGAUUUAUUAGUAUAUAAUUAGGCUAGUAGGAAUGGGGGUGCAGAUUCCCUAGGGAGUGGGGGGUUUUGUCGCAUAACUAUUUUAGUGUGAUGGCGUGGUCCCUUAGGCCGAAAGCAGAGAGACUUGGGUUGGCCGAUUUAGGGAUAAAAAACGUUCAAGUUUAGGGUUGAAUGGAUUGUGUGUUCACUGCAUUUGGCAUGUGUGGAACACACGUGUUUCUGUGUGCUUUUUUGGCGGGAAAUGCCUCUUUUCUUUUUCAUUCAUCUUCUGUUCUUUCUACAUAUUACGCCGUGCGUGUUACGGUGACACGUGUGUGCCUGUAUAUAUUUUUUUCCUCUUUAUCUCUUUAACUUUUUAAAGAUCCUCUAGAGGAGGAAAAUCUGUUUAAUGACCAGUUUUUGGUUCAUAAACAAAUAUACUGUCUUUGGGGCC